CGGAGGCAGCGGUGGGUUUUCGUCUGAGAAGCCGAAUCUGUGGUUGCUGCUGGGCACUUGCGGUCGCCAUCAUCUGCGCCUCAAGGCAUAUACCAUUGUAUCUCUCCCUUUACAAUGGCGCAGAGGAGUGGACUUGAAGAUCCAGAGAGGUAUCUCUUCGUGGAUAGGGCUGUAAUUUACAAUCCUGCCACUCAGGCCGACUGGACUGCUAAAAAACUGGUUUGGAUUCCAUCAGAACGCCAUGGUUUUGAGGCAGCAAGUAUCAAGGAAGAGAGAGGAGAUGAAGUUAUGGUUGAAUUGGCGGAGAAUGGAAAGAAAGCAAUGGUCAAUAAAGAUGAUAUUCAGAAGAUGAACCCACCUAAAUUUUCCAAAGUGGAAGAUAUGGCAGAAUUAACAUGCUUGAAUGAAGCAUCUGUUUUGCAUAACCUCAAGGAUCGUUAUUAUUCUGGACUUAUUUAUACCUACUCUGGACUAUUCUGUGUAGUCAUAAAUCCUUACAAGAAUCUUCCAAUUUACUCUGAAAAUAUUAUUGAAAUGUACAGAGGGAAGAAACGUCAUGAGAUGCCCCCCCACAUCUAUGCUAUAUCUGAAUCUGCUUAUAGAUGUAUGCUUCAAGAUCGUGAAGAUCAGUCGAUUCUUUGCACGGGUGAAUCUGGUGCUGGGAAGACAGAAAAUACCAAGAAAGUUAUUCAGUAUCUUGCUCAUGUUGCUUCUUCCCAUAAAGGAAGAAAGGAUCAUAACAUUCCGGGAGAACUCGAAAGGCAACUUUUACAAGCAAACCCAAUCCUUGAAUCAUUUGGAAAUGCAAAAACUGUGAAAAAUGACAACUCUUCUCGUUUUGGCAAGUUUAUACGGAUCAACUUUGAUGUCACUGGUUAUAUCGUUGGAGCCAACAUCGAGACAUAUCUUUUGGAAAAAUCUCGAGCAGUUCGUCAAGCUAAAGAUGAACGUACAUUUCAUAUAUUUUACCAACUGCUGUCUGGAGCAGGAGAACAUCUGAAGUCUGACUUGCUUCUUGAAGGAUUUAAUAACUAUAGAUUUUUAUCCAAUGGCUAUAUUCCUAUUCCUGGACAGCAAGACAAAGAUAACUUUCAAGAGACAAUGGAAGCGAUGCACAUAAUGGGCUUCUCUCAUGAUGAAAUCUUGUCAAUGCUUAAAGUAGUGUCUUCAGUGCUACAGUUUGGAAACAUCUCCUUUAAAAAAGAGAGGAAUACUGAUCAAGCUUCGAUGCCAGAAAACACAGUUGCACAGAAACUCUGUCAUCUGCUGGGGAUGAACGUAAUGGAAUUUACUCGUGCCAUCCUUACUCCUCGGAUCAAGGUUGGCAGAGAUUAUGUCCAGAAAGCCCAAACUAAGGAACAAGCUGAUUUUGCUGUAGAAGCACUGGCAAAAGCUACCUAUGAACGUCUUUUUCGCUGGCUUGUUCAUCGAAUUAAUAAAGCCCUGGAUAGGACCAAACGACAAGGAGCAUCUUUCAUUGGGAUUCUGGAUAUAGCUGGAUUUGAAAUUUUUGAGUUGAAUUCCUUCGAGCAGCUCUGCAUCAACUAUACCAAUGAGAAACUACAGCAGUUGUUCAAUCAUACCAUGUUUGUCCUUGAGCAAGAAGAAUACCAACGGGAAGGCAUUGAAUGGAAUUUUAUUGAUUUUGGACUAGAUUUGCAGCCCUGCAUUGAUUUAAUAGAACGACCAGCUAAUCCACCUGGUGUAUUGGCUCUUUUGGAUGAAGAGUGCUGGUUUCCUAAAGCUACUGACAAGACCUUUGUGGAAAAAUUGGUUCAAGAGCAAGGCACACACUCCAAGUUCCAAAAACCCAGGCAACUGAAAGACAAGGCAGAUUUUUGUAUUAUUCAUUAUGCAGGAAAGGUGGACUAUAAGGCUGAUGAGUGGCUGAUGAAGAACAUGGAUCCUCUGAAUGACAACGUAGCUACCCUUUUACACCAGUCGUCAGACAGAUUUGUUGCAGAGCUUUGGAAAGAUGUGGAUCGUAUUGUGGGUCUGGAUCAAGUCACUGGCAUGACAGAGACUGCUUUUGGCUCAGCAUAUAAAACCAAAAAGGGCAUGUUUCGAACUGUUGGGCAACUGUACAAAGAAUCUCUCACUAAACUGAUGGCUACCCUUCGAAAUACUAACCCUAACUUUGUUCGCUGCAUCAUUCCCAAUCAUGAGAAGAGGGCUGGAAAACUGGAUCCUCAUCUAGUUCUUGAUCAGCUCCGUUGCAACGGUGUCUUGGAAGGGAUUAGAAUCUGUCGACAAGGGUUCCCAAACCGGAUAGUGUUCCAGGAAUUCAGACAGAGAUAUGAGAUUCUAACCCCAAAUGCUAUUCCAAAAGGUUUUAUGGAUGGUAAACAAGCUUGUGAACGAAUGAUCCGAGCCCUAGAAUUAGACCCUAACUUGUACAGAAUCGGACAGAGCAAGAUAUUCUUCAGAGCAGGCGUUCUGGCCCACUUGGAGGAAGAACGAGAUUUAAAGAUUACUGACAUCAUCAUCUUUUUUCAGGCUGUUUGUAGAGGUUACUUAGCCAGAAAGGCAUUUGCCAAGAAACAGCAACAACUGAGUGCUCUGAAAGUCUUACAGCGUAACUGUGCAGCUUAUCUAAAAUUACGGCAUUGGCAGUGGUGGCGAGUUUUUACUAAGGUGAAGCCUCUACUACAAGUUACCCGCCAGGAGGAGGAGCUUCAGGCCAAGGAUGAAGAGCUGUUGAAAGUUAAGGAGAAGCAGACAAAGGUAGAGGAAGAGCUUGAAGAAAUGGAAAGGAAACAUCAACAGCUUUUAGAGGAGAAGAACAUUCUUGCUGAGCAGUUGCAAGCAGAAACAGAGCUCUUUGCUGAAGCCGAGGAGAUGCGAGCUCGUCUAGCUGCAAAAAAACAAGAACUAGAAGAAAUUCUUCAUGACCUGGAGUCUAGGGUUGAAGAGGAGGAAGAACGAAACCAAGUGCUCCAAAAUGAAAAGAAAAAAAUGCAAGGGCACAUUCAGGACCUAGAAGAGCAGCUUGAUGAGGAAGAAGGAGCUCGGCAGAAGCUCCAGUUGGAAAAAGUCACAGCAGAAGCCAAAAUUAAGAAAAUGGAAGAGGAAAUUCUACUUCUAGAGGACCAAAAUUCAAAAUUUAUCAAGGAAAAGAAAUUGAUGGAAGAUCGCAUCGCUGAAUGUUCUUCUCAGCUGGCUGAAGAAGAAGAGAAAUCCAAAAACUUGGCCAAACUCAGGAAUAAGCAAGAGGUGAUGAUCACAGACUUGGAAGAGCGCUUGAAAAAAGAAGAGAAAACUCGUCAAGAACUGGAAAAAGCCAAAAGAAAACUUGAUGGUGAAACUACAGAUCUGCAGGACCAAAUAGCUGAGCUACAGGCCCAGAUUGAAGAACUAAAGAUCCAGUUGGCCAAGAAAGAGGAGGAGCUACAGGGUGCUCUUGCCAGAGGUGAUGAUGAGACGCUUCAUAAGAACAAUGCACUGAAAGUUGUCCGAGAGCUACAAGCUCAGAUUGCUGAACUCCAGGAGGACCUCGAAUCAGAAAAGGUCUCCCGAAAUAAAGCAGAAAAGCAAAAAAGAGACUUGAGUGAAGAACUGGAAGCACUGAAAACAGAACUUGAGGAUACUUUGGAUACCACUGCAGCUCAGCAGGAGUUAAGGACUAAACGUGAGCAGGAAGUAGCUGAACUGAAGAAGGCUAUUGAAGAAGAAACUAAGAACCAUGAAGCUCAAAUCCAGGACAUAAGGCAGAGACAUGCUAGUGCCCUAGAGGAACUCUCUGAACAACUUGAACAGGCUAAAAGGUUCAAAGUAAACCUUGAGAAAAACAAGCAAGGUCUAGAAACUGAUAACAAAGAGUUGGCCUGUGAAGUGAAGGUGCUGCAGCAAGUCAAGGCUGAAUCUGAACACAAGAGAAAGAAACUAGACGCCCAGGUACAAGAACUACAUGCCAAGGUCACAGAAGGAGACAGGCUGCGGGUAGAACUUGCUGAAAAAGCAAAUAAGCUCCAGAAUGAAUUGGAUAAUGUCUCAACCCUCCUGGAAGAAGCAGAAAAGAAGGGCAUUAAAUUUGCCAAGGAUGCAGCCAGUCUUGAGUCACAGCUACAGGAUACACAGGAGCUGCUUCAAGAAGAGACACGCCAAAAGUUGAACCUCAGCAGCCGGAUCAGGCAGUUAGAGGAGGAGAAGACCAGCCUUCAGGAGCAGCAGGAGGAGGAGGAGGAGGCCAGGAAGAGCCUGGAAAAACAAGUGCUAGUUUUGCAUUCGCAGCUGGCUGAUACUAAGAAAAAGGUAGAUGAUGACUUGGGAACAAUUGAAAACUUGGAAGAGAACAAGAAGAAGCUGCUGAAAGACAUGGAGGCUUUGAGCCAGCGCUUAGAGGAAAAGGCGCUGGCUUAUGACAAGCUUGAGAAAACCAAGACACGUCUACAGCAAGAGCUUGAUGACUUAAUGGUGGAUCUGGAUCAUCAGCGCCAGAUUGUCUCCAACUUAGAGAAAAAGCAGAAGAAGUUUGAUCAACUCCUGGCAGAAGAGAAGAAUGUUUCCGCUCGAUAUGCAGAAGAGAGAGACCGAGCUGAAGCGGAGGCCAGAGAAAAGGAGACCAAAGCCUUGUCCUUGGCCCGAGCACUGGAAGAGGCAUUAGAAGCAAAGGAGGAAUUUGAGAGGCAGAAUAAACAGCUGCGCACAGAUAUGGAAGACUUGAUGAGUUCAAAGGAUGACGUGGGGAAAAAUGUCCAUGAACUUGAAAAAUCCAAACGGGCCUUGGAACAGCAAGUUGAGGAAAUGAAGACACAAUUGGAGGAGCUGGAAGAUGAACUUCAGGCUACAGAAGAUGCUAAACUUCGUCUGGAAGUCAAUAUGCAAGCCAUGAAGGCCCAGUUUGAGAGAGAUCUGCAGACCAGAGAUGAACAGAAUGAAGAGAAGAAGAGGCUGCUGAUUAAACAGGUGCGUGAGCUUGAGGCCGAAUUGGAGGAUGAGCGUAAACAGAGAGCUCUUGCAGUUGCUUCCAAGAAGAAAAUGGAAAUGGACCUGAAGGACCUUGAGGCACAAAUAGAGACUGCAAAUAAGGCGAGGGAUGAAGUGAUCAAACAGCUUCGAAAACUUCAGGCACAAAUGAAAGACUACCAGCGUGAAUUAGAAGAAGCUCGUGCAUCCCGGGAUGAGAUCUUUGCUCAGUCCAAGGAAAAUGAAAAAAAAUUAAAAAGUCUUGAAGCAGAAAUACUUCAACUACAAGAGGAACUUGCUUCUUCUGAAAGAGCUCGUCGACAUGCUGAACAAGAGAGAGAUGAACUUGCUGAUGAGAUAGCCAACAGUGCUUCUGGGAAAUCCUCUUUACUGGAUGAAAAACGGCGCCUGGAGGCUCGUAUCGCACAGCUGGAGGAGGAACUGGAGGAAGAGCAGAGUAACUUGGAACUCCUCAAUGACCGGUUCCGUAAGGCCACUCUGCAGGUGGACACUCUCAAUUCUGAGCUGGCUGGAGAGCGCAGUGCUGCCCAGAAAAGUGAGAGUGCCCGUCAGCAGCUUGAAAGACAGAGCAAAGAGCUGAAGGCCAAGCUGCAGGAGCUGGAGGGAUCGGUGAAGUCUAAAUUCAAGGCCACCAUCUCUGCUUUGGAAGCAAAGAUUGGGCAGAUGGAAGAACAGCUCGAACAGGAAGCCAAGGAACGAGCAGCAGCCAACAAGCUUGUUCGUCGUACAGAGAAGAAGUUAAAAGAGAUUUUCAUGCAAGUAGAAGAUGAACGUCGACAUGCAGAUCAGUACAAAGAGCAGAUGGAAAAGGCCAAUGCCAGAAUGAAGCAGCUCAAACGUCAACUGGAAGAAGCUGAAGAAGAGGCCACUCGUGCCAAUGCCUCACGGCGCAAGCUCCAGCGUGAACUGGAUGAUGCCGUAGAAGCCAGUGAAGGCCUGAGCCGCGAAGUCAGCACUCUGAAAAACAGACUGAGGAGGGGAGGCCCAAUCACCUUCUCUUCCAGUCGAUCCAGCAGACGCCAGCUACAUAUUGAGGGAGCAUCCCUUGAACUAUCAGAUGAUGACACAGAAAGCAAAACCAGUGAUGUUAAUGAGAUGCCACCUGCACCCGUGGAGUAGAGAGAGAGGGCCCGAAGCCAGCUGCGGUACUGUGGGGUGAACAAGGACUUCCCUGACCACCAGUCUGCCUUGUGGCCACUAAUCAGCAGAGGAAAUGGGCAAAUGAUAAGGUUAUUUACUGAAAGAUCAACUGUGUCUUAAGGCUGUCUAGCCUCCCCAUAAUAUACCCUGCUUCAAAUAUAGGUACAAAUGCUCUUUUUUUAUAUAUAUAUUUACAUAUAUAUUAAACAGGAUUAUCUGUUCAAUGCAUCUAUUUUCCAAAUAUUCUUUGGAAGGCCAUUUCAUAAAAUGCUGUCUGAAGAGUUUUUUUUUUUUUUAACAGAAACCUCAAGCCCUUCAUUCCCAGAUACUUUUAUUGGGGCAGACCCAUGGUUGUUAUUAUGCAUGCUUUCUGUUGUACAGACAGUUAACUUAGCAUCUCCUAUGUUCAUGUGGCCCUUGGCUUCUCAGCUAUAUCAAGUCCCUUAGAACAUUAUGAAGACCAAACUGCACCUGUAUCUUUCAUUUUAUUCUCAUAUUGUGAUCAACACUAUAUCAGUGAGCAAACUGUGAAAAGGGCUUUGGAAGUAUUGAAAGGACCAGAAUGGGAUGGGGAGAGUAGCCUUCACUUUGGUUAACUUGCAGCAGCCCCUCAUGGAUAGCCCAGCUGCUCUGGGUAUAACACUUGUGGACUGUUCUUGGUCAGGUCUGGUCUGUGCAGAAGGGCAAUUAAAACUUUGCAGCUGAGUUUCCAAGUUGAAAUUAACUUAUUUGCUACUGGAUGAGUCUCCAGAAUCCUGUGUCUGUUAGUGCUUCCUACUCCUUAUGAGUAAGCAGCCUCUGCAUUCCAGAGCAGAGAUUGGUGAAAGGCCCUGCAGCUUCUGGUGCUGACCUUGAAUUCCAGCCGUGACGCUGAAGCCCAAAAGGGGAAUGUUGGUUUUUUACAUCUGAGGCUUGUUCCAAGUUUAUCAGUGGUUUCGAGGCUUAGCAUUGGAUAUCUGUUUUCCUGAAUGUUAACAUGCCAGUGAAUAUGAAUCCUUUCCUUUACCUUCUCCCUUUUAAACAGUGUUACAGUGAAUAUUUAGCAUUCUCUUUUUGGUUAAUAGUUAAAUAAUUUGACAUUACAGAAAGUGCCUUAGACACUACAGUACUAAGACAAUGUUAAAUAUAUUAUUUACCUGUAUAACAAUUUAAUGUAUUAAUUUUUGACUGCGCUUCAUAUCAUGUACCUCUCUAGUGAAAGUGGUAUGAUGAAUAUUCAGUGAUGAUGAAUCAGUGUUAAUUAUAAAUCUUUGAUCUUCUGCAUUGGACUUGAGAACAUGACUCAUAUUUUGGGUUUAAAGCUUUAACAUCGGUUAUGAAGGUUUUGUCAUGUGGGUAUGGAAUCUCUUAUUUCAUCCCAUCCCCUUUAUGAAUCAUACUGGCUGCUGACCACCAGGCACUUGACUGCAAACAUCUUUUCUUGUAUCCCCAUAUUUCUAGACAAUGAUUUUUGUAAGACAAUAAAUUUAUUAUAGAUAUUUAUGCCUGCUCUGUUUACUUGAAGGAAAAAGCAUCGUUGAGAAUAAACAGACCUCAAUAAACAAGAAUGAUCAUAUGAACAUAAAA